UCCUUCCUACAACUUUAGUUCUGCCUUUUUUUUUACUUUAGCAUUUCACAUCACAUGUGUGUGUUCUGUUCUGUAGCCCAUCCAAGAUGGCCAGGUCACCAUAACCAGAAUGGACAGGGGAAUGUCUAUGCCUAAUAUGUUGGAGCACAAAGUGUAUCCAUAUGAAAUGCUCACUGUCACCAACAGAGGGCGUGCUAAGCUCCCGAAGGACGUGGACAGGACAAGACUGGAGCGUCACUUGUCCUCAGAGGUGUUCUUCAACAUCUUCAGAAUGGAAAUCCAUGAGUUUGACAGACUUCCACUGUGGAAGCGCAAUGACAUGAAGAAGAAAGCCAAGCUCUUCUAGCUGGGAAUCUGCAUGUUUUUAAUUUAUCAGCCACUCCAAUAAUGUAUGAUAGCUAUAGUCUUCAGAUUUUUUUCCUUUUCCUUUAUUUUUCUCCUUUUGUUUCUAGUUUUCCAUUUUUGGUUUGCUUUCUGACAGUCUGAUAAAUAAGUUAUCUCCUUUUUGCUUCAAGAAGACAACCACCCCUUCAUUUGUUCCAGGAGUUUUCAUAGGAGUGGAAGUUAGGUUAGGAAUCAAAUACAGUGCGAUUUAACUCUUCAGGGGAGAGGCCAUCGUCUCUGUACUCUCAUUAAAGCUGCCUUCAGAGCAGACGCUUUCUCCACUGCUACACUUUCCUGCCCAUCUCAUAAAACAGGACUGCAAUUUCUGGGGUUGAAGGGGAGAACCUGAAGGCUAUCGGCAGGGUUCUUCCUCUAAAGAGGCUAAUAAAGCGUUGGAGGCAGAGGAGUUCCAGCGGCCCCCUGCCGCUUGGGCCCUAACAAGGGCCUUGAUGUGUAUUAACAGGGGGAAGUGAGAGCUACUGUGUGGAGCUGAAGAUGACAGACCUCAGUCCCACCUGCGGCUGAAAAAGCCCCGGGUUUUGGCUCUGGAAGACAUUAGAACCUGAAGAGACGUCUCUGCUGUGGCCCACCUACCUGUAGCCCAUCUCCUCUCAAGCCCUGAACCCUUGCAGAAGCUUCUCACAACCAAAAAUGCUCCUCCUGAGCUGGAUGCUCGUCCUCUAGCCUUUUUACUUCAGUCUUCUAGUUUUUAACAUACUAGCUAAUGUUGUAUUUGACAGUCAGGUGAAGUGGUGGGGGUGAUGAAAUAAGAAAUGAACGCCCACUUCUUGCUGACUCUAAACAAAAGAAGCAGGAAUGCCCACCACUAGAGGUCAGGCUUGUGUCAUGGAGAGGGUCCUCCAAGGUUCUCCUCGGACCUCUCCAUUGUACCACUGAAUUUGACAAUCCUCUCCUUUUAACCACUAUUGCAAAACUGCAAUAUAUAAAUAUCUAUAUCUUUUAACAGCAUAUCACUUUGACUAAACUAAAUUUGGAAAAAAAAAAGUAUUUGAUAUUGAACGCGUUUUAUAAAGCCGAAGUAUUUCAAACUGCCACUGUGUUGCUGGAGGAUUGACGGAGCUGUAGCCAUAGCAUUUGUGCCAGGUGUAGGUUUGAUAUCAGGGCCCUAUCUGCCAUUCUGUUUAAAGCUGCCAGACGAUGCCGUUCCCAUAGACACUGGGUGUGCUUGCAGGAGUGUUAUGGGCUGUUGCUGACCUUUAUUCCCAGGAGUGUCCUGUGUUGCUAACAGGGUUAAAGACUUUGAACUGGGAAAUUUAAAAAGUAUAUAUAUAGAGAGAGAUAUAUGGUUUUAUAAUAUCACAAAACAUAUAUAUAUAUAUAUAUAUAUAUAUAUAUAUAUAUAUAUAUAUAUAUAUAUAUAACAAACUUAUGGUGACUCUUAGAACCCAACCUAUUUCACACGUACAAUGGAAUGAAGAAAACGUUGGUUUUGAUACCCAUGCAGUGUUCCUCACCCUUUUGUCUUUUUUGAAGGAAAGAUUUGAUGACAAUGAUGUAAAAUCUUGACUGAGUAAUAAAACUCUGCUUCAGAUUCACA